UUCCGGAGGAGGACUUCAAGUAUGUCAUGUUUGACGACAACCUUGUGACUGUGUCUGAUGCUGGAAAGGAACUGGGAGAGUUUACUGUCACAGUUGAACCGACGCGCUACAAAGGGCUCGAGUGCUUCCUCAUCCAUGCAAACAGCCAUGGCUCGAUUGAUGGUGUCCCCUGCGGUACCUCCAUUGUGUGUCAUGUUUCAAAGUGUCUGGAAACUCUGGAGCAGCAGCACCAUGAAUAUGUGAAGCUCGACAACUGCCCUCUGGAUCGAAAGACAUUUUUGGUGAGACACAGCGAUGGCUACACAAUAAAUCGGGUCAUUACUCAAGGGGAGGAUGUACAGAGAACGACAAAGAACAUCCCUGUGGACCAAAUGAAGGGUUUCAUUUCAGAAGGAUCAAAUCUUUUGCUUCAUCGUCUCCUUAUAGAGAAACCUAUGGACCAUGAUUUACAGUUCAUUUCAUUUGAUUCCGACACCAAUUUAUGUCCUGCAGUUUAUAAAAAGCUGGAUGGACGCACUCAAACUGUGGAAGAUGUUGAGUUGAGAGUCUAUGGCAUUGAGAGAACCAUCCAUUCUACCUUUGACUUGCCUACAACUUGGCAGUCAUAUUUCAUGAAUGAUGGUCAUUUGACGAACCGUGUGCAAGUUGGCUCCCCUGUGACGAUGAAGCUGGCCAAGGUACCCAUGAGGAUAGAGAGAGAUGAAGAGACCCCAAAGCCUGUAUUUGAGAAAAAAGACUUGAACUGGGAGGAAGAUAUGCAACUCCAUUCUAAAUUCCUGGAUAGGAAGGAGGAGUUAAAAGGUGAUCACGCGACGUACAUGCGGCACCACCCAGAAUUACGGGCCCUGCUAGCGGAUUUUCUACAGUUUCUGCUGCUAAGGAAGCCAGAGGAUGUGAUAGCUUUUGCUGCUGAUUAUUUCUCCGCAUUCUCCACCUCCAUGCCUGAUCCCUCACCGUACCUGGCUUCCAAUGCUCCCACCCCGUUCCCAGCUAGUCGCAAAAAUACGAGAAUUGAUGAUCUAAGGGCCCCAACAAGAUAAAGGUGUUCUCGAUAACUGGCGUUCUCAGAGUGUCUCGCUCUCUGUGGAAUGGAUGUUCAUUGUCCAGGUGGUUCCAAGUUCUCGGAUAGCUGUAUAAUGCUCCUUUCAGUUUUGUCCUGUCUGAAACCCUCGUAACAAUUGCAUUGAUUGCGUUUGUUUAGAAUAAAGCCUAUGCAGUGCUAACUUACAGCUCUGAAGAUUGUGUAAAGGAUUACCGAAAGCUGUUUUGUUGUGUAAAAGAUAUUGUUGGUUCCUUUUUUGCUACUUUUCAGUGAAAAUCUCCAGUAUUUUUGUCUCCGCUCCAGUGGAAGUUAAGAUCUUUAUGUGUUUGUGGGAGUGGGGUAUUUAAGAAGACUUUUCUUACAGUUUACCUUGAUAUUAUUUAGCCAGGAACCAUUACUUUGUUGUUUGUUUUUUUAUGACAUGUGAAAAAUAGUGCUCAAAGAUCAAACAAAUAAUACCCUCAUUAUGCAAGAACAACAUUUUUCACAGUCCUCUCCUAUCUCAUGGAGUGAAAUUAGCAUAGUGGCAUCAUUUCUACAAUAAAAUAGAUGGGGAAGGGGGGUAAAAGUCUUGAUGGCACAGCAGAAGAUAUUCAGAGACUUCUCCGGCGAGCAAAGAUAUCGCAUAUAUAGCCAAUAAAACUGUCACAGAUCAAUUAUGUUCAAGAAAAUUUCAAACAUAACUCCAAAAUA